UGAGUCUGCAGUCUCUUUAGAUAGAUGAGAUUCUCUUGGCAUCUGCGAGAAGCGAGUGGUGUCUUUGGAUCGGCAAGGAGCUAGUGGAGUCUUGUGAUCUGCAAAGAACUAGUAAUCUUGGGAUCUACAAGGAGGUAGUGGGGUCUUAGGAUCUGCAAGGAGCUAGUGGGGUCUUAGGAUCUGCAAGGAACUAGUAGUGCUGUGUUAGCAUUAAAGCUGCGGUUGCUAGAAAGUGCUUUUGACGACGAUGUUAAAAUUUGUCUUCUUUGUGGUGGUGGUGGCGGCAGGUGUCAUGACCGCCCCUAAGGUCCGAGAGCAGGAGCCACCCAGAGCUACAGUCGACGAUGUCCGCUUCCUCCUCUGGACCAAGAGCAACUCCGCCGACGACGGCUACUACGAGCUGGUCAUCGAGGACUCUGCAAGCCUCGCCGGGUCACCGCUAAACGCUAAUGAUGCCACCGUUGUUAUCAUCCAUGGCUUCUCGAAUCACGGAGAUGAAGACUUUAUCCUGGAUGCUAAGACUGAGCUACUGAAGUUAGGUGCAUAUAACGUCCUCUCAGUAGACUGGGGAAAACUGGCAGAGGCUCCAUGGUAUCCUACUGCUGUCGACAAUGUCCCUCUGGUGGGUGAACACACGGCCAAAUUCCUGGAGUGGCUGAAGGAGUCUGCUGGACUAGACACCUCCAAGUUGCAGUUGUCAGGACAUUCACUAGGCGCUCACGUUGCUGGAGCUGUGGGCCAAAACACUGCCUCCUUCACCAUACCCUUCAUCACAGGUAUGGACCCCGCUGGACCGGAGUUUCAUGACAAGCCAGAGUCUGGUCGUUUAGACAACACUGAUGCCGACUUCGUCCAAAUUAUCCACACGAAUGGUGGUACUAUCCUGGAGAGCUGUGUAGGCUUAGUGGACGCCAUCGGCCACGUUGAUUUCUAUCCCAAUGGAGGUGUCCACCAGCCAGGCUGUGUUGACUUAGGCGAAUGGACUGACCUUCUUGAAGGCGGGUGCAGCCACGGUAGGUCAACCAAGUUGUGGACGGAGAGCAUCAACGGGUCACCGGUGUUCAAGGCUCAGCCUUGCAGUGACUGGGAGUCCUACCUGGAAGGGCAGUGCUCCUGCGCCCCAAGCUGUGCAGAGAUGGGCUUCCACGUCAGUCACAGUUUGCGAGGGACUUACUUCCUGGCCACUAACAGCGACCCACCCUACGCCCAAGGCUAGAUGCUACAAGAGAUGACGGAACAAGUGUCUGGGGUAGGAAGCAGUGAUCACCUAUUGAACCCCAGUCAAUUCCAAGUUAAUCUAAACUAUAUAAACCGUCUCGCAUUCAUUCUCCUUCUCGAUAUUUAUUUGUAUAAUCCUUACUCCCACAUAAUCGAUAUUUAUACCUAUGAUUUUUCCAUACAAUUUCAUCCUCGCUAUCAAAAUUUUUUCCAAUCACUUUCCCUCUCAUUCUCGUCUUCCGUUAGAAUCAGUUGACGUCUCAAUCACGGUUACCAUAGUUACUGAUGAAAAAUUAGACACAUGUGCGACAUCUGGGUAUCUUUAUUUGUAGACGUUUCGCCAUGCACUGGCUUUAUCAAUACGAAUUCAAGACCAUAAUGGGAAAAUAAUAGAAUUAUAUAAGUCCAUCAGUUUUGAAGUUAGUAAAGAGCACAUUAGUCUUGAAGAAUAUGAAGCACAGGCAUGAAACUUGGUUCUUAUAUACUGGCAUCAGGUGAAGGACGUGCAGCAGAAGGUAUUGUCACUAGUAGCACGGGAAAAAAAUGGUUAUAACUACGACCAACGACGGGUCAUCAUCUAAGACCCGCGUCAGGAAACGCUUGUCUCGUUUUCUGACAAAUCUUACCUAAACCUAGUAGGAGGGAUUUUCCAGUGGAAGUAGGUCAUACCCAAGGAUUGGACCAGGAGUAGUUGUGAAAGAUGUCCUCUGAUCGAAGAUUCCAUAGUUACUCUCUCAACCACACUCACUACAUUCACUACAGUCACUGCACUGACUACAGUCAAUGCAUUGACUACAUGCACUGCACUGAUAGAAGUGAAGUAUAAUGAGAACCUUUAUUCACAACGAAUGACGUUUCGCCCAAGCAAUCAUUAAUAAAGCAUCUCAUUACAUUGCAUUUGUGUCUGUUUUUAACUAACAACUAGUUAAGAACUAGAUAACUAAAGGCUGUACAUAUACCAUCCAUCCAACCUAAAUAAAUAUUACUAUUAAAGAUUAUGUUUAUUAGCAUAUUAAGUAGCAGCAAAAAUGUAGCUAAUCUGUCAAUAAAACGAUGAAAAAAUAA